AUGGCAAAGGAGCACGGAGCGAUGAGGUCCGUCCUGAAUCUGGUAGGAUCUGUGAUGCUACCACAGGACACGUCGAAUUGUUCGGAUAGGCAUGAUACACCGUCAGCACCGGAGUUUUUGAGUCACCUCCAACCAUUCCAAACCGUACUCCUCUCCAUCGCCAGUGUCUCUACAAUCAUCGUACUUGUCCUUUCGCUAAUCCACUGGUUUUAUGUGUACAAGUACGUGUCAAUAGAGAAGCGAAGGAACAAAUUGUACUGGCUGAUUGCCGUGUUUCCAGUCGCUUGCACAUGCUCUUACAUCGCCAUGUGUGUGCCACGUACCGCUGUCAUUCUGACAUGCAUUGGGGUACUGUACUAUCUGAUGUGCCUAUUCGUCAUCGUCUCUCUGGCACGUCAUCUGUUCGGCGGACGUGAAUCAUUCUCCACGUGUCUACAGUAUGACGACCGCCCGAUCGACUUCAGAUCACCACCGUUUUGUUGCAUCAUUCCGAGGCUUCCGACAGCGCGCUCGACGGAAAAGAACAUCCGACGCCUCGAAUGGUGUGUUCUGCAAGCGCCAAUCGUUCGCUCCAUCAUCAUUUUUCUUGAUGUUGUCGCUGUGGCAGAAAUGAGAGAAGAAGCGACACCAUACAUUCGGUACUCUGAUAUGGCAUCGCUUUGCUCACUGCUUUUAGCGAUUUUUGGAGUUCACACGCUGGCUAGAGUCACCUCGAACAAACUCUCCGCCUACUGUUUCAUGUCAAUGUUCCGUCUUGUAGAUAUCUCGCUGCUCUUUUUCUCGGCUCAACAACCAAUGAUAUUCCAGAAUGUUCUGCUUCGUUUUAACCUGAUUUCGUGUGGACCCCUUUUGAAUGCUCAGGAGAAUGCUUAUUUCGUCUGCAACUUCAUCAUCACUUGCGAAAUGCUCCUGCUCAGUCUUCUCGCCACGUGGCUCCUCGCUCCACGUCACAACGCCAUGUUCGACGCGUACCGCUCAUCAAUGGCUCUCUCGGAGACUACCGCUUCACUCAACGACACGGAACAAUCAAUUAUAAUCGAUAAUUAG